CGUGCUUGCGCAGUACGCACGAGCCGGGGGCGGGGCUGGCGUCCGGCGGGCGGCGGAGGCGCUGGGCCUGGUCCCGCCGGCGCUAUGGCCAAGACCGUGGCCUAUUUCUACGACCCUGAUGUGGGCAACUUCCACUACGGAGCUGGACACCCUAUGAAGCCGCAUCGCCUGGCAUUGACUCAUAGCCUGGUCCUGCACUAUGGUCUCUAUAAGAAGAUGAUCGUCUUCAAGCCAUACCAAGCCUCCCAGCAUGACAUGUGCCGCUUCCACUCUGAGGACUACAUUGAUUUUCUGCAGAGAGUCAGCCCCACCAACAUGCAGGGCUUCACCAAGAGCCUUAAUGCCUUCAACGUGGGCGAUGACUGCCCAGUGUUUCCCGGGCUCUUUGAGUUCUGCUCCCGUUACACAGGUGCAUCCCUCCAAGGAGCAACCCAGCUGAACAACAAGAUCUGCGAUAUUGCCAUUAACUGGGCUGGUGGUCUGCACCAUGCCAAGAAGUUUGAGGCCUCUGGCUUUUGCUAUGUCAACGACAUUGUAAUCGGCAUCCUGGAGCUGCUCAAGUACCACCCUCGUGUGCUCUAUAUUGAUAUUGACAUCCACCAUGGAGAUGGCGUUCAGGAAGCCUUCUACCUCACUGACAGGGUCAUGACGGUGUCUUUCCACAAAUACGGAAAUUACUUCUUCCCUGGUACAGGUGACAUGUAUGAAGUUGGAGCAGAGAGUGGCCGCUACUAUUGUCUCAAUGUGCCCUUGCGGGAUGGCAUUGAUGAUCAGAGUUACAAGCACCUUUUCCAGCCGGUCAUCAACCAGGUGGUGGACUUCUACCAACCCACCUGCAUUGUGCUCCAGUGUGGAGCUGACUCUCUGGGCUGUGAUCGAUUGGGCUGCUUCAACCUCAGUAUCCGAGGGCAUGGGGAAUGUGUUGAAUAUGUCAAGAGCUUUAAUAUCCCUCUACUGGUGUUGGGUGGUGGAGGCUAUACUGUCCGAAAUGUUGCCCGCUGCUGGACAUAUGAGACAUCGCUGCUGGUAGAAGAAGCCAUUAGUGAGGAGCUUCCCUAUAGUGAAUACUUCGAGUACUUUGCCCCUGACUUCACACUCCAUCCAGACGUCAGCACCCGCAUUGAGAAUCAGAACUCACGCCAGUAUCUGGACCAGAUCCGCCAGACAAUCUUUGAAAACCUGAAGAUGCUGAACCAUGCACCUAGUGUCCAGAUUCAUGAUGUGCCUGCUGAUCUCCUGACAUAUGACAGGACUGAUGAGGCUGACGCAGAGGAGAGGGGUCCUGAGGAGAACUACAGCAGGCCAGAGGCACCCAAUGAAUUCUAUGAUGGAGACCACGAUAAUGACAAGGAAAGCGACGUGGAAAUUUAAGAGCGUCUUGGAAUGCUAUGUCUCAAGGAAUUCUUUUUCAUGCCUUGUUGGUGGGAAGGGAAAAGGUGUGCUUCCCUAGUCUGGGAACCUGAGGCUAACUCUGAGGAAGGGUUUGGAGAUCACAUGUGGUUCUAGAACCAUCUAUCCCCUUUUCCUUUCUCUCCCACAGCCUGACAAUGGUACUUAUUAGGGAUGAGAUAGGGAAGUAUAGCUGGCUUUGGGACAUUCUAGGCAGUAGACCCUAGUAGCCAGUCCCCAACCCUUCUGGCCCCUUAUUCCUUCCCUGCUUCCCUCCAACCCAGAGACUCAGGGAUGAAGGGGUAGAGAGGACUGAGGUUGUCUCUAAUAUCCUUCUCCUUUGGGUUCUACUGCAGGCCUUACUUCCAGGACAAGCAAAGGGUGAGGGUUUUGGGUGGUGGGGGCUCUGGCUCCCUAACAUCUUAACUAUAGACAAUGGGAAGUAUGGUUUUGUGUAGGGGAGGAUAUGAACAUGUCCUGUCUAACUUUUGGUUUUAUGUCCAUUUUACCACUGUUUUUAAUCCAAUAAACCAAGUUGGUAUUUUUUGUACCUU